AUGCGAUCUCCUCAUUUACAAUGGAUUGAUGAUUAUAGUUCUGCUUUUAUUAUCAUUAGAACAAAAUGAUUGGAAGAAGAUGGCGUUGAUGUGGCAUUCGCCAGAAAUCUUCCUUCUAAUAAGGAUUUAUCAUCGGUGCAAGCAGAGCAGCAGAAUGCAGCAAGUCGUCUGGCCGGAACCGAACUGCUCACGGAAUUGGGAAUUAUUGAGGACCAUGAUGAUUCUGCUGGCGAAGGCACAAGUUCGAAUAUGGCAAAUCCAGUCCGGACAAAAUGGUCCUCGUCGCAUGGUAUGGUACAGUGCUCGGAAUGUUCCCGUACAUUUCUUAAUAUUACCAGGUUAGAGAAGCAUAUUGCCGGUGUUCAUCAGACAACUGGAGCGCAUCCAUGUUUGCUUUGUGGCAGCCGUUUUAAGAAUGAAUUAAUCCUCCUCAAUCAUUACCGCUAUAUGUGCCCUUACACAAGAUCAUACAUUGAUGAAGAAAAGAGGGAACAGGUAAGCAAAGCCUUUUGUUUUUAA